AUGACAGACAUCAUCAAAGCCGACCUCUUGAUCAACAACAAGUCAGUGCCUGCCUCCAGCAAGGAAACAUUCGAUCUGUUUUCGCCAUACACAGGCAAACUCGUUGCAACAGUAGCAGAGGCUUCCGUCGACGAUGUCGACAGCGCCGUCGCAGCGGCCGAAGCUGCCUUCCCGGCAUGGAGCGCUCUAUCGCCCAGUGCACGGGGCAAACCCCUGAAGAAAUUGGCCGAAAAGAUCAUCGCUGCGAAAGACGAACUGGCCGAACUAGAUGCCAUCUCCAUGGGCCGACCUGUGGGAGGCUAUUUUGAUGCCGACUACGCUGGGGUUCAUUUCAACUAUUUCGCCGAAGCAGCCUACGCUCAAGGCCAUAGCAGUCUCAACACGCCAGGAUUUCUCAACCUGUCGCUCCGACAGCCCUUUGGGGUGGUGGGCGUCAUCAUCCCGUGGAACGCGCCCCUGGUGUUUUUCAGCAAGAAAAUCGCCCCGGCAGUGGCGGCGGGGAACUGCGUCGUCCUCAAGUCUAGCGAAAAGGCACCGCUGACUUCGUGGAAAGUGGCCCAAUGGAUCGAGGAAUGUGGAUUUCCCCCGGGCGUCAUCAACGUGCUUUCGGGACACGGGCAGAUCUCUGGGGCGGCCAUAGCGUCGCAUAUGAAGAUCCGAGCGAUUUCAUUCACGGGUAGUUCGCGUACUGGACGAGCCAUCCAGAAGGCCUCGGCGGAUUCAAAUCUGAAAAAGGUCGUCUUUGAACUCGGCGGAAAGGGGCCCGCAUUGAUCUUCGAGGACGCCGAUCUCGACGAGGCUGUCAAGGGCACCGAAUUCAGCAUCAUGUUUAACAGUGGACAGACAUGCAUGGCCAACAGCAGAAUCUACGUCCAGGAAAGCAUCAGAGAUAAGUUCACCGAAGCGUUCACACGGGCAGCAAGCAGUAGAAAGCUGGGAGACCCGACACAAAAGGACAUCAAUCAUGGACCACAGGCCGAUAAAGUGCAAUAUGAGACGGUCUUGAAAUACAUCGAGAUUGGAAAGAAAAGUGGGGGCAAGGUCCUCGUGGCAGGAGAACAAGCCGAUGCCACUCUGGGAAAGCCUCUGUUGAUUUCUCCUGUCUUGUUCAUGGAGCAGCCUGAAGACAGCCAGAUCAUGAAGGAGGAGAUCUUUGGCCCUGUUGUCGUCAUCAACACUUUCAAGACCGAGGAGGAAGUCAUUGCCAAAGCAAAUGACACAGAGUUUGGCCUCUACGCCGCACUCUACACGAACGACCUGCAACGAGCCCUGAGGGUCAGCAAGAAGUUGGAGAGCGGUAUGGUGGGUGUGAAUUGUGCCAGUCCGACGGGUAGCUGGGAUCUGCCAUUUGGUGGGUGGAAGAGUAGUGGUACCGGAAGGGAGAGUCUAUUGGAGAGUAUCGAGCACUUCACCGAGCAGAAGAGUAUCUUCAUCAAGGUCUCGGGGAUUGGUGGUUGA